GUGGCGCCGCACCGCCCCCGAUGGCGCCCUCUGGCGGCGACAGCUGGCGCCGCCGAGGCACGGGGAUGCUGCGGGAGACCCCUGAGAUACAGGUGGACUCUCCCGGGGCGCGGGGAAGAAGGGAGAGCCGACUGCGAGAAGGAAGGCGACCUGGGUGGGCAGUAUCCCCUCUGGGAAGAUUACAGGGACAGUCGGGGCCAUGGCGGUCAGAAGGAGAAGAGCAACGAGAGGCUUUUAAAGGUCGGAACCGAGAUGCCCUUUACAGAGGACGCCAUGAAGGAGAACCUUCUGAAGAGGGACCAUGUGGAAGAUGCCCCGAGGAUUCGGGGAGGCGGAGCCCGCGGGUUCAGUCCCCAGCGCCCGCACGGCCCCUGCCUGCGGAGACCUCCCGCAGGAGCCGGACCCCGGGCGCCGGUUGCUGGGGCCCGCGGGGUCGCCGGGCCGCAGGCGCCGCGCUGAUUGGCUGCGCCGCGGGCGGAAGUGAUGCUGCUGUCACUGCUCCUCCGGCUCCCGGGAAGCCGCGAGUUUCCGCAGGGAGGCGGCGGCAGCUGCGGCCGGGCCGGUCUAUAGCCUUUGCUGAGUCAACAGUACUCCCAGUGAAAGUGAUGCCUUUUCUCCAUUUGCACAACAUGAGUGUGAUGUGGUUAGCCAGACCAGGAGCUCAACCUCAUGUAGAAUCCAGUCCACUGCUCUGAUGCCGAAGGGGAGGCAGAAAGUGCCACACUUGGAUGCCCCCCUGGGCCUGCCCACCUGCCUCUGGCUGGAAUUAGCCGGGCUCUUCUUACUGGUUCCCUGGGUCAUGGGCCUGGCAGGGACAGGUGGGCCUGAUGGCCAGGGCCCAGGGGGGCCGAGCUGGGCUGUGCACCUGGAAAGCCUGGAAGGUGAUGGGGAGGAAGAGACUCUGGAGCAGCAGGCGGAUGCCUUGGCCCAGGCAGCAGGGCUGGUAAAUGCUGGACGCAUCGGAGAGCUUCAGGGGCACUACCUCUUUGUCCAGCCUGCUGGGCACAGGCCGGCCCUGGAGGUGGAGGCCAUCCGGCAGCAGGUGGAGGCUGUGUUGGCUGGGCAUGAAGCUGUGCGCUGGCACUCAGAGCAGAGGCUGCUAAGGCGGGCCAAGCGCAGCAUCCACUUCAAUGACCCCAAGUACCCGCAGCAAUGGCACCUGAAUAAUCGACGGAGCCCGGGCAGGGACAUCAACGUGACGGGUGUGUGGGAACGCAAUGUGACUGGGCGAGGGGUGACGGUGGUGGUAGUGGAUGAUGGAGUAGAACACACCAUCCAGGACAUUGCACCCAACUAUAGCCCUGAGGGUAGCUAUGACCUCAACUCUAAUGACCCUGACCCCAUGCCCCACCCGGAUGUGGAGAAUGGCAACCACCAUGGCACGCGAUGUGCAGGAGAGAUCGCGGCUGUGCCCAACAACAGCUUCUGUGCCGUGGGUGUGGCCUACGGGAGCCGCAUCGCAGGUAUCCGGGUACUGGAUGGACCUCUCACAGACAGCAUGGAGGCAGUGGCGUUCAACAAGCACUAUCAGAUCAAUGACAUCUACAGCUGCAGCUGGGGACCAGAUGAUGAUGGGAAGACAGUGGAUGGCCCCCAUCAGCUUGGAAAGGCUGCCUUACAACAUGGGGUGAUUGCUGGUCGCCAGGGCUUUGGGAGCAUCUUUGUGGUAGCCAGUGGCAACGGAGGCCAACACAAUGACAACUGCAACUACGAUGGCUAUGCCAACUCCAUCUACACAGUCACCAUAGGAGCUGUGGAUGAGGAGGGACGCAUGCCUUUCUAUGCAGAAGAAUGUGCCUCCAUGCUGGCAGUCACCUUCAGUGGUGGGGACAAGAUGCUUCGGAGCAUUGUGACCACUGACUGGGACCUUCAGAAGGGCACUGGCUGCACUGAGGGCCACACGGGGACCUCAGCUGCAGCGCCUCUGGCAGCUGGCAUGAUAGCCUUAAUGCUGCAGGUGCGGCCCUGCCUCACGUGGCGUGACGUCCAGCACAUCAUUGUCUUCACAGCCACCCGGUACGAAGAUCGCCGUGCAGAGUGGGUCACCAACGAGGCAGGCUUCAGCCAUAGCCACCAGCACGGUUUCGGCCUGCUCAACGCUUGGAGGCUCGUGAAUGCAGCCAAGAUCUGGACAUCCGUCCCUUACUUAGCAUCCUACGUCAGUCCCGUGUUAAAGGAAAACAAGGCGAUUCCGCAGUCCCCCCAUUCCCUGGAGGUCCUGUGGAAUGCUGCCCAGCCUGACUUUCCAGUCAGCAGGAUGGACCUGGAGAUGUCGGGGCUGAAGACCCUGGAGCAUGUGGCAGUGACAGUCUCCAUCACUCACCCACGGCGCGGCAGCUUGGAGCUGAAGCUGUUCUGCCCCAGCGGCAUGAUGUCCCUCAUCGGCGCUCCCCGCAGCAUGGACUCGGAUCCCAACGGCUUCGAUGACUGGACCUUCUCCACUGUGCGAUGCUGGGGAGAGCGAGCCCGAGGGACCUACAGGCUUGUCGUCAGGGAUGUCGGGGAUGAGUCAUUCCAGGUCGGCAUCCUCCGGCAAUGGCAGCUGACCCUAUAUGGCUCUGUGUGGAGUCCAGUAGACAUCAGGGACAGACAAAGGCUGUUAGAGAGUGCCAUGAGUGGAAAAUACCUGCAUGAUGACUUCGCCCUGCCCUGCCCACCGGGGCUGAAAAUUCCUGAGGAAGAUGGUUACACCAUCACCCCCAACACCCUCAAGCUGGCUCUCCGUGAAUUCCCUCUUAUGCUCCUGCGCUUUCCUAGAAGAGGAGGAACCAGGAUAAAGACUUGGUAGAACUGUGUGUUUUCCACCCGUUCUGUUACAUCCUAGCACAAGCCCAUUGCCUUCCUGUUUCACUUUUUUUCCCGAAUCUAGCUUGCCUCAUAGGCUAGGGAGACUGAGCGCAGGCGGGUGGAAAGGGAGGGGUCAGGGAGUAUUAAGGACCCAUUAUUCCCGAUCCCAGACGCUCACUUUAUCCCUUCUUGGCUGUCUGCUUCCCCUAAUCCUUCUCGCAAGCUCCUUAGCACAAGCCACCUCCCACCCCAUGCGGAGACCCAAGCUCCCUGGCAGCCACAUACUUCAUAAACCAGUUGGGAUCUCCACGGUAGUGCCCAUCAUUCUUGGUCACUGCCAAGCUGCCCAAAGCCAUCAGGGUCCUCUGCACUGCUGCCAUGUCUUUGCCUGUGAGAAGACAGGAGAGAGGAGACGAACAUCAAGAACGUAUAAACAAGAUUCCAAGCCAGGGCCUGCCCCCGUCUCUCACAAAAAAAUGGCCAAACCAGGGCCAAGAGUUGUCCCCAAUUCAAGGGAGUCCUCUCAGUCGACCUGUAAGCGUGGCGUGUUAUUCUCGGCAUAUCCCAUCCCUGCUGUGUGCGGGCGAGCACACCCCUAGUUGUGGCAUAUUCUGGUCAUUCCCUCUCCCUGUCCCAGCACCCUGUCCUCCUGCCCACCUCCUCCCCCAGCCCCUUCUUCCUCUCUACCUUCAAAGAGGUCAACAGUCUGGAACAUGUCAGUCUUGAUGACCCCAUAGUCCUCAGCCGCCUUCAGGAACUGAGCCACCUGCUCCAUCUGCUUGAAGACCAUGGACGGCGGGUUCUCGGGCACCUUCACCGGCUUGGAGCCAUCAGGGUACAGGCUGUUCACUAGCUUGCUCAGAAUCUACCAGGCAUAGGACAUAGGACGCACCUUAGCAGUCAGCUCAGGGAUUGGCCCAGGACUCACAGGGUGGCACACCCCAGCCCCCCAGCCCAGGGUGCCACUCACCACGCCAUUCUUCAGCCAGACCUGGAAGCCCAAGCGCCCACGGUCUGGGCGGCCCACAUCAGGGCCACACUGCACAAUGAUCCACUCCACCAGCCGCUCCUCCAGCUCCUCGUCAUACUUCUUCUCGAUUUUGGACUGCACUUCGCGGCUCAUGCCAUAGGAAGGACCCUUGUUGGCCAUGUUUGGGGAAAGCUAAAGCAGGCCAGGGUGAAGGAGGGAGGGGCAGAGGGUCAGAGGAUCAGGGAGCAGCUCUGCUUUCACCCGUGCCAGGUGGCCUUCUAGCUCUGUGCAGGGUACCCGGCCAUCCUAGACACUUGUCACAGCACUGCCCUUCCAGACCAGGCUCAGCCCCUACUCCAGACACCUCUCUGAACUUGAACACCAGGAAACAGGAUACCAGGUCUUUGGAGGUCUAGAGCAGGGGUCAGUAAACUAUUUUUGUAAAGGAUAAGACAGAACAUAUUUUAGGCUUUGCAGGCCACAUGGUCUCUGCUGUUGCAGUGUGAAAGCAGCCAUAGACAAUAUGUAACAAAUGAACAUGGCUUUGUUCCAAUAAAACUUUAUUUACAAAAGCAGA